AUGCUGCCAUCGAGAUGGUUGAUAGUAUUGAUCGUUGCCGCAUGCGCUCAUGUUGCCAACGCAUACACACUGAGUAAUGAGUCCUUAGCGCGCGUGCUGAAGCCCAGUGCGGCGCAAUGGAUUCAAGUACGAUCGCCGACAUCAUUGUUGUCGCAAAUUUUGAUACCACGUGUUCCUGGCACACAGGGGCAUGCGGAAGUGCGUGAGCGACUUACAAAGCCAUUCUUUGACGCGAAAGAUGCCCACGGCCGGCCAAAGUGGCAUGUCGAACUGAUUCCCUUCGAGGCGCCGACGCCCUUAGGCCCGCGCAAGUUCACGAACAUUGUUGUGACGCGUGAUCCAGGAGCUGCACGGAAACUCGUUCUCGCUGCACACUAUGAUUCCAAGUACUACCCAGAAGACUCACCAUCCCAUGGCCAACCGCACGCACGCGCGCACUUCAGCGCUGCCACUCAAGGAUGA